GGCGCUAUUCGUUUCCGGUGACGCGUAGUGGCUUCUUGCCGCCGUCUGCGUCACGCCCCUCUCACGGACAAAAUGGAGGAAACACUCCGCGUUUGUUUGUUUGUUUGAGUGCAAUAGAUAUUAUUAAUAAUCAAUAAUACGUUUACUAACGUAAAUCAGAGCGUGCAUGUAAAAGCAGACAUUACGCUGUGUGGAGUGAGCCUGCGUUGAAGGAUGGAUGAGGAAGGCUCCAGCGCUGCGACAGUGACCAAGUCCUGGGGCUUCCGCCGGAGCACCAUCGCCAGGCGGGAGUUCAGGCAAGCCGUGGGCUCUGUGGACAGCAGCCCUCCGGUCCAGCGCCGCAGGGGACGGCCGCCCCGGGGCCGGGGUCGGGGGGGUCGAGGACGCCUGCCUGUGCUCACUCCCACAGGUGAUCGCUCAAGCAUUGAGAAUGAAGCUGGGGAAACAGUGCCGUGUGAGGAGUGCAUCAGUGAAGGAGUCCCGUCAGAUCGAGCUGAAGACAGCGACGAUCUCAACCUCCAAGAGAUUCGGAAGAGGGCUGUGGCUCGAAAGAUGCAGGAACUCAAGCAUGACGGUGAUGCUGCUGCCAAAGGCCCAGAAGAUCUGGACGUAGGGCUGAGGUUACUGCUGGAGUCAGAAGACACAUUAGGAGGAGGAGAGGUGUGCUCCUCCACAGCCACAGGGCCAGAUGGGACUUCUGGAGCUCAGGAUACCACUGCAGGGGGAAGAGCACAGGAAGAACUGCAGGAAUUCUCUGAAAAUAGCGAGGAAGACACUGAAAGGAAGAAUCCAGAUGCUGUCUGCUGCACAUGUCAGCAAGGACACAGUAACAGGUUGAUGAUCUGCUGUGACUCCUGCCGAACAUGGCGUCAUGUCGACUGUGUUGGUGUCGCAGAGACUUGUGCUCAUCUCCUGCAGAGAAACGGAGGAUAUGUUUGUCCCUCAUGCUCUAAUGACCAGGACGCCAUGAGAACCAACGUGCCUAGCGAAAAAAAUGAAAUCGACUUAACUCACAUGGUGGAGAUUAAGCAGCCGGUGGAGGAUGAGAUGAAGGAGGCUUUACCUAAAUGCAUUGGUCCAGGCUGCAGUAAUGACUCUCUGCCCGAGUCAGUGUACUGUGGUCAUCAGUGUAUUGUGCGGCACGCAGCGGCAGCAAUGAAGUCUCUCUCUGAACCCAAACUUGAGACUAAGCCUGCUGCCCCACUAGCUGACCUGCCUCUCAAGAGCGAGAAACGAUCAUUUCUUGCAAAGCUUUUCAAGGUGAAGAUCAGUAAGACGCCGGCUCAGGAAGAAUGUGUAAGCAAGCAAGAAAAGGAUGAAGAGUCUCCAUGUUGUGCUACAGUUGUUGAGCCUGUACGAUCAGACACACCAUCCACUCCUGCUCCAGAUUACAAGCACCCCGUUAAAGAGAAAGUUGAAGUUGAGUGCAGUACCAGCACACCACAGAGCAAACCUUCAGAUGUGACUCCAGACAUUUCCUCUUCUGAAAAAGUUCCUGCAGCUCCACUAAUUAAGAAGUCCACUCCAGGAAGAGCAAAGAAAACUAUGCCAGGCUCUCCACGACUGGAGCUUCUGAAAGGGGCCCUCGGCAAAAGCGCUUUAUCUAUCCCUAAAAAGCCCUGUGAAUCCAAGGCGCCCGUUGAGUCCAGCAAAGCUGCAGAAGUGGUUACCUGCGGCCCCUGGGAGAUGGAGCCCGCUGCGGCCCCUCGAGCCAGUCCUCUCCUGAUGAGACAAAACAUUCGCCGCUCGCUCAGUACAGUUCUCUGCAGAAGGUUCAGUCAGACUGAUGAUUUGAAGAUUUCUGAGAGUGAAAUUGAAAAGAUGGCUGUGGACAUGGAGAAAGAGAUGUUCAAUGUGUGUUACACAACAGAUGAGGACUAUAACAAUAAAUACCAGUAUCUUGUCCUCACCUUGAAAGAUCCCCAAAACAAGGAACUGUGUCAUCAGGUUUUGAAAGGAAACAUGCCUUCAGCGAAGCUCAUUCAGUUGAGUCAGCAGGAGGAAUCCGCUGCUGAUCCACUGCUUCAGACCUCUAUGAAGAAGGAAUUGUGCCUUUUUUCUGAGGAUGUGGAAGAACCAGCUACUACUCUUGAGAAAGUGAUUAGCCUGGACUUAGACACCGUAAACCGAGACAUUGCAGCGAUCAAGCAUUUUGUCUGCCCUCAGGAGGAGAAAUCGUCUCUGAAGCUGCCUCAGGCGAAGGAAAUAGGUGCUCCAGAUGUGAUCAGCUGCAUGCUGAAAGACACUACAGGAGAACAUAAGCGCCAUCUCUUUGACCUUAAUUGCAGGAUAUGUACAGGACAAGUAUCCACUGAUGAUGAUCCCGAAAACAAGAAACCCAAGAUACCGAUGACCAAAGAUGAUACCGAGGAGGAGAAAUCUUCAGGGGUUGUUCAUGUGAUCGAUGAAGCGUUGGAUUCCCCAGCGCUGGACUCUGAUAUAAUCGAGUCCCCUGCCUCUCCCAGCGGGGAGGACCUUAACUCACAGACACCCUCAGCAGACUUCUCUCCUGUGUUGAUACCUUCAGUUCCCACUGUGUCCAUCUCAAGAAGAGACCCCCGUACGGCACAGUAUCGACAAGCUCCGCCAUCGUCUGCUGGCCCUGAGUCGGCCUCAGUCCCACAGCAGCAUCCGCACCCUGUGAAGAACACACCAGAGCCUCUGACAGAGACACUUCCAACACGUGUGUCCGCACCUUUGUCUGCUCCUAUGCCCAAAUCAAUCCUCAUGAAACCUUCGCCAGCUUCUCUGGAUACUUCAUAUGGCUCAACGACAAGGCUGGCAGAAUGUGAUAAAGGGACAAAACAGUUUUUAUCCCAACAGAAUAUUUUAUGGAAAGGCUUUCUUAACAUGCCCACUGUGGCCAAAUUCGUCACAAAGGGAUACUUGAUUUCUGGCUCUCCUGACUUUUUAAAAGAGGACUUACCAGACACCAUACACAUUGGAGGAAGGAUAUUACCUCAAACUGUGUGGGAAUAUGUUGAUUUGAUAAAGACAUCAGAGGCAAAGGAGCUGUCAUUAAUCCGCUUCCACCCAUCAUCUGAAGAGGAAGAGGUUGCAUAUGUCUCUCUGUUUUCAUAUUUCAACAGUCGUAGGAGAUUCGGGGUUGUUUCUAAUAUUUGUAAACACAUCAAAGAUCUUUACCUCAUUCCUCUGAGUAAAAAACAGUCCAUCCCUGCAGUGCUUCUUCCCAUUGAUGGACCAGGGCUUGAACAGAAUCACCCUAAUCUCCUAAUGGGGUUAGCAGUCUGUCAAAAGCCGAAGCGUCCAGAGGGAUUACCACAAGAUGUUGGCGAAAAGACUCCUAGGUCCUUGAUGUGUUCAGAUGGGAAGGGAACCAGCAGUCCCAUCUCACUAUGUGAUCCCGGACAACAUAGCAUAAAGGCUUGUGAUGCUGGCAUAUUCCUCAACUCAAAUCCUGCUGGAUCUUUACCUUCAGUUGGUUUACCAGACCCAUCAUGCUCUGCCAGCUCUCUGUGGGCCCCGUCUUCUCUCCCCAGCGUGUCAAAUCCCAGCCCAUCUGUUCAUGCAGGCCCAUCCAAAGACUCCACCAAUAACACCCCACUUCAGACCAUCCUUAACACAUUAUUUGGGCAAAAGAAACAGCCCUCAGAUGUCACAGAGUGUAAGAUAAGCACAUUAACAGAUAGUGUUCAGAUUUGUCAACAGACUUGCAAAGAUGAUGAUGCAUUGAUAUUAGGUGAUGACAGGCCUUACGAUCCUGAAGAGUAUGAUCCAGCAUGUUCUAAUGGGGCCAUGGGUUCUUUCAGUCCAGCUGAUGUUUUGGAACCUAAAGGUCCAUCAGUAGUGGCUGAUGAUGAUGAUGAUAGACCUUAUGACCCUGAGGAGGAGUACAGUACAGCUGGUAAUGGUGUUACUGUCAGAAAUAAUACACAGAAAGCAUCAGAGGCUAAACACACCGAAGAGUCCUCUAUAGUUAGCAGUGAUAUAGCUUAUGAUCCAGAGGACGAGACGAUGUUUGAGGAGAUGCAAAAUUACCUCACAAGUAAUGCUAUACCUCACAAGUCCACCUUAUGUGAAAAUAACAUGUCACAUUACAAGGAAAACACCUCCGUUACAACAUUCACUGAGCAGCAAAAGAUUCUAGAAGAGUUGAACAGGCAGAUAGAGGAACAGAAAAGACAGUUAGAAGAACAGACAGAAACUCUGCGCCUACAGAAGGAAGCGAUCGGUGUUUCCAUGGCCCAUUUCUCUGUUUCUAAAGCUCUCAUGUCACCAACACGGUUUGAUGGGGAUGAAGAGGAAAGCAUAGAAAACAUACCCUACUGUCCAAUAAUUCAUCAGAGUAGGGAUCCACGGAUGUGUCGAAAAACAAGCCAGGAUAUGCCAGUUGAUGAUGCUGAAUGUGAGGCUAUAGAUACAGAAAGUGCAGAGAAAUUAUUAAACACAGAGGAAGCCCCAAAUGUAGUCCUGAACAAAUCUUUUACCACUAAGAAAGAGAAAUUAGUUUCAGAUAAAGCAAAACCCAAGGAAGGAUCACCAGACACUAAAAGUGCACAACAAAAGAGCACUAAAUGCUCACAGUCAGAGUACACACACAAAAAUCAAGGCAGUAGAAGGUCCACACUGAGCACAUACAGGUCAUCAAGGAGGAGGUCGUGGCAUGAACACAGGUCAUACCACCAAGACGGGGCAUCUUCAAGAGCUUCACGAACAGUUAGAUCCUCAAAGGACGACUCAGACAAACACCAUAGAAGCAGACACUCUGCUGGGCAUCUCUCCAGCACACGUUACUGUGACAAAAAAGGAGUGACAACAUCAAGGAAGAGGCAUUAUCGCCAUCACAGAGACUCCUCUUCACCCCCACGCUAUCGUCGGAGGUCUCAUUAUUCCCCCGUCUCGCACUCAAGCCGGAGAGACAAAUCUUCACAGGAUGACAGUGACCAGUCACACAAGACUGACCUGUCGGAGCAAAACAUCAAAUCUUCACAACAUGAAUCUGGCCAGGUGGCAGACAGUGGUAGCAUUCAAUCCGCAUACACAUCAGGACAGAGUGUUAAAGUAGAGGAGGAGGCUGCUAAUUGCAAAGACAAGUGCUUGGCAGAAGUUCAGAAAGGAGGUCCUCCAAAUACAAAACACGAGGCUGAUCAAAACCAGGGACUUCAGACGUUCCAAAAUCCUGGGGAGGGUUGUUCACAACCUCUGUUAAAUAAGUCAUAUGAAAACAAACACACACAUUCAGUCCUGUCUGAAAUGAAGAGGGAGAAUUUGCCCCCGAACCAAACUGACUCAGCACUACUUCCUACACCCUGUCUUGCCCAUGGUGCUACUGACUUGCCUUUAGACAGAGACUCACCAGCAUUACAGCCAUCUGGAAUUCAGACAAUCGCUUUUCACCAUGAUACUAAUCCACCACAUAAUCAAACAGAUACUUUUUCUGAGCCUGUCCAGAUUGACCAAAAGAGAAACAUGCCAUCAAUGCAAAGGACAAAUUACUCACGUCAUGAGACAGACAAAUUACAUUCAGGAGAUUACCCUCAAAGAUCUUUCCAUUCACAAUAUAGAAAUGUAUCACAAACUGACACAGAUCAAUUCUUAUCCAGAGAACUGCCUCAAAAUAAAAGAGGAAAGUUUAUGCUUGAUGCAGACAACAACAAUCCUCCUUAUACAUCUCACAAACAGGAAGAAUUCUCCACAGCCAGUUUUGUUCACCAAAAACAUCCAAACCACAGGCCCAGAAGGUUUCCAAGGAAAGCGACAGAUCCGGUUCAUCAAAGCCAGCAACCCAGGCCUGACCAGUUACAUGAAUGCGACUUUGAAGAACCUGAAACCACUGGAUUAUGUCACAAAAAAUACACAUCUUAUAAACAAGGGCAGAAUUUUCAUGAGGAUGAAUCAGUCCAGUUUCAGCAAAGAGAGUCACUAUUUGGGCCUCCUCCUGUGCACAAGGGCAAUUUCAGAACUCCUAAUCCUAGAGAGCACUUUCACCCUUCCACUUUUGAUAAGUGGAAGCCUUUGAGAGAGCGUCCUUCUUUAAUGAAACGGAGAAGUCCUGAAUUUGCUAAUCCGCCUAGGGAUGGUAAUUCUGGUAGUUCUACUAACUUUGGACCUAGGGAACAAUCCUCAGGUUUUGUGAGGUACGAAGGCCCGACUAAAGAUCUUCAACCCAGUGGACCAUUUGCAGAAGAGAUGUUUGAGAGUCCGGGACCUGCUGGACCCAUUGGAUCAAAAGACCCGUCUCCAAGACACUGUUCUUUUAGGCGAGGUAGGGGUAGACACAGGGGUUCACGUCAGGUAAUGCAUGAUAGAACCCAUCUAAUGAAUUCAACUAAACUAAUGAACAUUCCUAAUGUUGAAGGGCCAUCGGAGAGACAGGUUGACGCCAGAGACCCGCGCACAACCCCAAACAGUAAAUCUCAUAUGUCACAUCUCGCUAAUCCGAGUGGUUAUGCACAAGAUAUUUGUGAACCACAAACCCCCGUCUGCCACCAAACAUUUGCAGAGGAUGAAGAAGACCUAAUACGCACAGGUUUUUCAAGACAGGCUCCAACACACUCUCAGAGCCCAGCACAUGGGGCAAUGCAUGGCCGGUUUGAAGGACAGCAGUAUACUGAAAUCGAGGGUCAACCAAGAGGGCUUCAAAAAUUCAGAGGACGAAGAAGAGGCAUCAUGGGCCCAUUUUAUGCCAGGGGUCAUAAAAAUAAUGCACAAGUAAGGGGACCUAGCUUUGAUUCACCACAACAGUUUUUGGGCCAAAGAGAACCAUCUCUUGGUUUACAUAGACGGAGAAGACCUUCACCUCAAGACUGUGACAGUUUUGAUGAUCAUACUGAAACCCAUUCAUCUGAUUUUCCCGACCCUUCCACUACCACCCCCCCUCAUUUCCCAAAACCACAGCAUAAGCAUUUGGGGCGGCCACCUGCAAAUUUGGAGAGCCGACUCAGACAGACUAAUAUACGCCCUUUACGACUAUCAGGUCCACUACUCCCCACUCCUCCCGGAGGUCCCAUUAGGAGGAACCUCUCCCGGGGGCGCGGACAGAACACUCAGAAUGAAUGUCACAGGGACUAUUUGACAUAAGAGAAGGUCAUGUCACAAAAGAUGUUAAUGGAUGCUGUAUUCAUGAAGAGAAGCAAAGAAUUCAUAACCGUUUUAAACUUCUGCAGGAGGAACGGAGAGUUGAGUGUAAAAGUAGACCGUAGGAACCAAGUGUUCAGGAGGACGAAAUGGCAUAUCUGAAGACACAACAGAGAAGGAAAAUAUUGAAGAGGAGACUUGUUUAAAAUAUUAUUUUUUUAAUAUAGAGGAGAUGCUAGAGCACUUGGCUGCAGACUAUGUAGAAAUGAUAGGAGCAGGUCUUGCAGUGUUUGGAUGAGUAGUCCAGAUUUAAACUGUCGGGUGCUGCAAAAUUGUAAUAAAGAUAGACUUCAGUUCAGUUUGCAGAAUGUUCAGAAUUAGAAUGGAUUGAAUAAAGGAACAAGACAACCCCUUUGUAAGUUUGAAUAAAUAUUUACCAGUUCAAGCUUAAAUGGACCUUGUUAUACACCAGUACACUAUUUUUGUGUUCAUUGUCUGUUCUGGAAAGUCAAGCAGUGAAUGUCGUCAGUCAAGCAGUUUUUGUUAAAUCGGUUUAAAUUUUCUUGAAAGGCUGCAGGCUUGUUCAUCCUUCCGUACCAACUGAAUUCAAAUUGAUUACUGGAAAAUGUUUUGGUUUGUUUUGUAGAAGCAGGGCAUGGUCAUGUUAACUACUGACAGUUUGUAAAAGAUAUUUUUCUCUUGCAAUGACAAAAAGUUCUAGUGAGCUAUAAAUAGCAGUGUACAUUUGUUCAUAGAUUUUUAUGUAAUUUUCUAAAUGUAUAUUUGUAAGUAAUUCAGAGCCUCAAAAGAUCGAAUCUUUUGGAAAGUCCACUGAUUUCAUUUAUUAAACAUCUGAACCACAAAACCUGACCAGUGCACAUGAUUCUCUAAUUGUGUGCCUUCGACCAAAAUUAAAAUUCUGAUUGUUUGAUUACCCUUA